AUGGCCAUCACCGUCGCCAUCGUCGGGAUGGGCCCUUUGGGACUCAUGGCGCUGAAAAUCCUCAAAGAAGAUGGGUUCGCAGUGACCGGGUUCGAGAAGCGAAGCUGGGUGGGUGGACUAUGGAAGCAGUCGUACGACUCGACGCUCUCGGUCACAGAGAAGACCGUGUUCAACAGCAGUCGCUUCCGCGCCGCCAUCUCUGACUACCCUUUCCCCGAGGAUGUGGACGACUACCCCACGGCGAAACAGAUCUGGACGUACCUGCAGAGUUACUGUGACGACUUCGGCCUGCGACCGCAUAUCCGCCUCAACGCCGAAGUAAAGACUUUUUCACGAGCCCAGGGGAAAUGGACCAUUGAGUACGUCCAGGAUGGAACCAGUCGCAUCGACGUCUUCGACAAGUUGCUCAUCUCCCCCGGCUCCUUCGUCGUGCCGCGGUCGCCCACUUUGAAGGACAUCCACAAGUUCGAGGGCAAGGUCCUUCACGCCGUCGAGUUCCCUCAUCCGUCUCGGUUCCGGGGCCAGAACGUCCUCCUGAUCGGAUUUCAUGCCACCGCGCAGGACCUGGUCGUCGAGUUGUCGGAACACGCCAAAAAGGUCUACAUUGCGCACAAGAAUGGCUUGCUCCUGAUUCCUCGCUACACAGCAGACGGCAGGACCUACGACCAAGCGCAAACCAUGUCGCUCGUGUUCGUCCAAGUUUUCAUGGAGCGGUGGUUCCCCCGGCUGUGGACGUGGUUCGUGGAUACGGUGUUCGCAGCGAUGUCGAGAAAAGCAUUUCCCAACCAGCGGAAAGAAUGGAAUCUCUCCCCAGCCCUGUCCAUCGCCACAUCCCCGCCCUUGGUCGCCGACGAGAUCUACCCGUUCCUGGAGAGCGGCUUCGCAGAGCCCGUGUCGGCGGUGCAGGAGGUCCUCGGCCCCCACGCCGUCCGCCUGACCGACGGGUGCCUGCUCGAGGGAGUCGACGCCAUCAUCUACGCCACGGGCUACGAAGCCGCCGUCCCCUGCGCGCCGGCCGAAUACAACCCGUACCCGGUGGCGGACGAGGCGCCGUACCUGUACCGCAACAUCUUCCCGCUCCACCCGGACGCGGACGUGCGCAACUCGCUCGCGUUCCUGGGCCAGGGCGCCUUCCCGUUCCCGGGCUUCGUGCUGUUCGAGCUGACGGCCAUGGCGGUGUCGCAGAUCUGGCAGGGCCGGACGCCCCUCCCGUCCCUGGACGAGAUGCUGGCGUGGCACCGCGCCCACAUCGCCUGGCGCGAGAACGUGGUGCGCCGGACCCAGUCCCGGGCCCCGUCGCAUUUCCACACCGUCUUCAUGCGCACGCCGGACCAUCUCCCGUGGCUGGACCGCGUGGCCGGCACGGGCGUGCUGGCGCACUUUUCGCUCUUCAGCUGGCGCGCCUGGCGCUUCUGGUGGACCAGUGGCGACCGGGGCUUCUACCGCCUGUGCCGCUCCGGCGUGUUCUCCCCGGCCAUCUGGCGCCUGUUCGACAUGGGUCGCCGCAAGCCCUGGGCCGGCGCGCGGAGCCAGAUCGUCGAGGACAAUCGCAUCGCCGAGGCGAGGCGGCAGGAGAGGUUGAGGGCGGUGGAGAAGUUGUUGUAG